GUGAAUUUUUCUUGCCUCUCUAUUUUUGCUCUAUUUUUCGCGUGAUUAAUUAUUCUCCGGCGACAUGGAUUCAGUGGCUCCUGUCAAACGUCAACGGUGUCACGUGGUCCCCCAGCUGUCAAACGGGUCCGCCGCGUUGUAGCGUCGAGAGAGAGACCACCGACUUCCUCAUCAUCAUCAUCAUCAGUCGAGAAGGAGGGCUCUGCGCCUCAUCCGUGAGCCGACUGCCACCUCCGCCGCCGCCGUCGACGCCGACGCCGACGCCACCGCCGCCGCGAGGAGGAUAUCAUAGUACACCCUCGAGUAACCAAGUCACCUCUCCUCGAGCCGAGUACCGUACGUGGUCCAGCAGUAGAUCCGCGAAUGCGAAGCACCGCUACCUGGACUACGUGUCUCGCCGGCCGCAUCGUCAUCAUCAUCCCCUUGUCACGAUGCUCCCGCUCGCGGUGAUCGCGCUCUUCCUCCUCGCCGGCACCGCCACCGCCGAGGUCUUUACCAACACCUUCCUGGUGAGGAUGCGCCAGCCUGCGGAGAGGCACCUGGCCGAUCAUGUAGCCCAGAGAAAUGGCUUCGUCAAUCUCGGACCGGUUUUGGGCAGCCAGACGGAGUAUCAUUUCGUACAUAGAGCUUUACCUCAUGUACGAAGCAAACGAUCCGUGCCACACACGCGAAGAUUAAAGGUCGACCCUCUGGUGGCCACGGCGAUACAGCAGGCCGGUUUUAAGAGGGUGAAGAGGGGCUACAAACCCCUGAGCGUGGACAACUUGGUACCUCUGUACGAGAUGAAGAAUCCGACGAAUCCCGGCAGCAAAGACCCGACGGAUCCCUUCUUCAAGUAUCAGUGGUAUUUGAAGAAUGUCGGGCAGAAUGGCGGUAAACCGAAAUUGGAUCUGAACGUGGAGGCUGCGUGGGCUCAGGGUGUCACGGGGAAAAACGUGACGACGGCCAUCAUGGAUGACGGUGUCGAUUAUAUGCAUCCGGAUCUCAAGUAUAAUUAUAAUGCUAAAGCUUCUUACGACUUCAGCAGCAAUGAUCCUUAUCCGUAUCCGAGAUACACCGACGAUUGGUUUAACAGCCACGGCACGAGGUGCGCUGGGGAGGUCGCGGCUGCACGAGACAACGGGGUCUGCGGCGUCGGGGUGGCUUACGACUCGAUGAUCGCCGGGAUCCGGAUGCUGGAUCAGCCCUACAUGACCGAUCUGAUCGAGGCGAACAGCAUGGGCCACGAGCCCGAUCUCAUCGACAUUUACAGCGCCUCCUGGGGACCCACGGACGACGGGAAGACGGUGGACGGGCCGCGAAACGCGACCAUGAGAGCCAUUGUCCGCGGCGUUAAUGAGGGUAGGAAAGGUCUGGGUAACAUUUACGUCUGGGCAUCCGGGGACGGCGGAGAGGAGGAUGAUUGCAAUUGUGACGGAUAUGCCGCAAGUAUGUGGACCAUCAGCAUCAACAGUGCCAUCAACGACGGCCAAAAUGCCCAUUACGACGAGAGUUGUUCCAGCACCUUAGCCUCCACCUUUAGUAACGGUGCCAAAGAUCCUAACACAGGAGUAGCUACUACGGAUCUGUAUGGGAAAUGCACGACUACUCAUAGUGGAACUUCCGCCGCGGCACCGGAAGCCGCGGGGGUGUUCGCGCUCGCUCUCGAAGCCAACUCGCAACUAACCUGGAGAGAUAUUCAGCACCUGACCGUCCUAACUUCGAAAAGGAAUUCUCUGUUUGACGCGAAGGACAGAUUUCAUUGGACCAUGAAUGGUGUCGGGCUCGAGUUCAAUCAUCUUUUCGGAUAUGGGGUCUUGGAUGCGGGCGCGAUGGUAGCUUUGGCUAAAAAGUGGAAGACUGUACCACCGAGAUAUCACUGUGAAGCUGGAGCUACGACUGAAACACAGGAAGUCACGAGCGAUCGAUCCAUCCUUGUGAAGAUUAAGACCGAUGCGUGUGCCGGGACAGAAUACGCCGUUAAUUAUUUGGAACAUGUACAAGCCGUCAUUACUGUCAACGCGACUCGGCGAGGUGAUCUCGAGCUGUUUCUCACGUCUCCGAUGGGUACGAGAUCCAUGAUUCUGAGUCGCAGAGUAAACGAUGACGAUCAUAGGGACGGGUUUACAAAGUGGCCGUUCAUGACGACGCACACGUGGGGCGAGUAUCCUCAGGGAACCUGGCUGCUAGAGGUAAGCUUCAACACGCAGACGCCCCAACACGGAUGGCUGAAAGAGUGGACGUUGAUGCUCCACGGCACCAGGGAACCACCAUACACGGGUUUAUCGGCGGCGGAUCCUCAUUCGAAAUUAGCGAUUGUCAAAAAGGCCCACGAGGAGCGACUGAGCGCGAUCUAACGGCACUCACGACGGUCCAACGCGAUUAUCGCCGGCAUAUCCAGGCGAGGAAAAUAAAUUGGGAAUAUUCCGAUCGAAAGAUGUUUACGCGUGCGCUUCCCCCUUUCCGCUUUUUUCUGAUUUCGCGCCGCGCGGCUGAAGAGAAAAUAAUAUGUAUCCUGAUAUAUCCGCAGUCGCGCGACGAUCGCAUUGUCCCGUGCCAAUUCCGGUCGUCCUUCGUUAGUUUAACCCUUCUGUCGUCGUUUAUUAUUUUCCCACCCUUCUAUCAAUGCAUAAUAUUUCAAUGUAUGUUUUGUAUCCGGGUACCAAUUGUGUUUUGCACCGUAAUAAAUUUUUUGUAGCAGCAUUAAACAUUUUUUUUAUAUUUUAGGUUUCCUAGAAACCUAGGUUUUUAAAGAAAACCCUUUGUGUUUUGUUUUGGACGAAGAAAUAUUUAAAGCUAUUUUUUCAUAUUUGCAGUUGCUUUUGGGUGCCUGUUCAUUGACAGAAGGGUUGAAUUACGAGAUCAUUGAAGAUAAAUAGAUUUUACUCUCUCUGUUUUCUCCUGGAAUCGCGUUUGUCUAAUUACGAUGUCAACUAUAAUUACAUAUCAUGUUGUUUCUAGUAUAACUUACAUCAUUAAGAAUGUAGAUUUCUCUAUGUAAUCGUGUUUUUUUUUUAAUGUUCCGCUACCGAGAAAAAAUUCAACUAUUUAGCAGCGAUUCAGUUUUGUUUACACCCUUUUAAAAAAUUCUAGUUAAAAAUGCCAGAUGUGUCAAUGAUCCCCUUGCAAAAUUAGAUUAAUUGUAAGUUACGCAUUUUAAUCUGGAUGCACCUUUUUUAUAAUUUUUCAAAAUUUGUCUUCGCUUAAUCUAAUUAAAUACUGAGCAGAAAUAAUUAGAAAGAGAAAUUUGCGUACACUUGUAAUGACUUGAAAAAAAUCCUUGUAAUCCUUAUAAUAAGAUGCUUCAAUUUCGCUUUUAUUUUACACAUAAUUUUAAUUAUUAAUUUUUAUUUAUUAUUAUUAUUAUUAUUAUUAUUAUGAACGUAUUAUUAUGAAGUAUCAUUUCGUCAAAAUUGUGUCCGCGUUGACAGCUUUCCGAAGAGUUCUCAAACCGACGAUCGGAAACUAGACGAUUUGGGGGAACAACAAGGAGAAGGAACUUUACUAUGUAUUACUCAAUAGCGGAAUAAAAAUUACUUACAUGAUGGGGCGGUGAAAAAAAAAACUCGCAGAGAGGUAUUAACGUUUAUGGGACGUUAUCGAAUCGAUAACGGUCUGAAAAAGAGUAUUUCUGGGAACAAGAAUUUCGUGUCGAUCAUCGUCGUCCUUGCGAAUCCGGACUUUGGAAUUUUAAGAUGUAACACUUUUUCAACAGCAUCGUAAUAUCGUAUAAAAUCUACGAAUGACAAUAUUCUUCUUUUUCUCCCUUAUUUUUCUCGUAUCACUUCGAAUGAUACAUAUUAGAAUAGAAAUGUCAUCUCGCGGAUUUUACCCUCUCAACAUCACCUGGAUGAUGAAGAAUAUCUCACUGCUGAUGCGUAACCCUUUUGUCUGCAUAAUUUAUAUGCUUUUUAUCAAUGUAUGAUAUCAACCACAUUUUUUUGACACAUUAUAUACAAUUUUUUUAUAGCAAUUUCCGGGCAUCGAACAAUUUUUCUUUUGUCAUAUUUUAUUUCCUAAAAUACAAAAUGGAGGCUCUUUGUAUUUUUUUUUCUUUCGAGCGGAGAAAAGUUUCAAGAUAAAUUUUUGACAUUUCAUUGACAGAAGGAUUAAAAGUCUUAAUAUCCUUAUUUGUGCGUUGAUUUUAAUUCAAAAUGAAUGGAAAGAAACGCGCGAGGACGUCCGUGAAACGAACACGAGAACACGAAAUACGGAUGCUACAGAAUCCGCAUGUGUAGAUGAUGUACCUUAGAAGCCGUAGCGGACAGAGAGUUUGAGCAUUACAUUAAAGACAAAAAUUAUAUAAAUAUAAAUGCAUAUAUAUAUAUAAAUUAAAUAUGCGUAUAUGUAUAUGUAUAUGUGUGUAUAGAAAUUAUUCAGCGACGGAUUUCUCGAGCAAUUUUUUUUUCGAACGAAGAUCCUGAUGCGAAAAAAGAGUCUGGCAUUUUUUCCGACUACAAACUGAUUUUAGAGUUAGGUGAUUAUCAGCUAAAGAUUAUAGAUUAUAGAGUUAAUUUCGAUCUCCUCUCAUUCGAGAAGGUAUUGUAGCUCCAACAUUUUUUUCGUAUAUUAUCUUCGUUUCUCCAAAUUGUCCGAGGAAUCCGUCGAGAAUUGAUGCGAGAAGCGACAAACUAUAAAUAUAUAUACAUACAUCUUAUACGUAUAUGUUAUAUACAGAGCGGAAUCCCUUUUUAAUCUUAUGACGCAGAUUAUUUCUCUCGUUCGGGACAUUUUUCUUGAUAAUUAUACGUGCACAGUAAAAAUAAUCCGCGUCAUAAAGUCAAAACAUCCUACGCUCUGUAUAUUUUAUAUAUGUAUAUCUCAUUACAUAUAUAUACAUAUAUAUCUUACAGUUGAAAAAAUGGAAAAUUUAAUCGACUUUAUUGUGUAUGCGUUAUAGGUGGAUGAAUAAAAUCUGUAUUUUUUGGCUGGCAUCGUUUUUAUCUAGUAUAAAAACCCCUUUGGUCAUCAUUUAUAUGUACUACUGAAAAUGUCACGAUAAUCCUCUUUUUUCCUUUUCUUCAUUAUUUUUAUCGCCAGAACAUGGAACUGUGAAAGCCACCAUUAAAAAAAAUAAUUCUUUGUAGUGAUACGUUUUUUAUCGCAUAAUGUGUAACAAAGAUAUAUUAAAAAUUGAAAACUUGUAGCGAAAUAAAAUAGUGAGGAUUCAAUGUU